UUUCACCAGCGUGAAAAGGUAGUCACAUCGCUUUGCAGGCUCACUCGACACGAGGAAAUUCUUAUUAAUACCAGACUCUACAAGGUCGUCUUCUUCCUCCUUACCUAUUAUUUCACUGCACCUUGUUUUUUUCUUCCCUCCUCGUACCCUUCUCGCAAUGGAGCCACCCGCACCGCGAUCGUUUCUGGAUCUCCCUGAUGCCAUUCGACGUCACAUUUAUUCCGCAGCCGGCCUGUUUGUCGACUCCAAUAUUUUCCUAUAUCACAAACGUACGCUAUGUUUCGAACAUACUGACCGUUUCUGGACGCCUUAUUGUAGCCUUGCAUUCUCCAUCAACCUGCUCCUCACCAGCCGGGCCGUCCACAAGGAGGUAUCGCACAUAUUGUUUUCCACCAAUCGUUUCUUCGUGCAAGACGCGCUUGUCUUACUCCGGUUCCCGGUCUCUGCUCUAUCCUCUAUACCAUCCCUGAGUAUUCACUUGAGUUAUCCGAAAGUCUAUCGGCGAUUGCAAUAUGGACAUCCCUUAUACCCUCGCCUUGAUCAUGACAAGGGAGGUCCCUUCAUAUCUAAAGAUAAUAUCCUGCUUAAGAACUGGGAAAACGCAGCCAAAUAUAUCGCUCCCUAUGUAAAGCCCCAAGCCCUCGAUUUUGGCUUAAUCUGCUACGCAGACUCUCCUGAAACGGCCCGGCUCGCUCUUCAUCCGCUUCGCCACCUCCCUACCCUAGCCAGCUGCCAGAUACGACUCAGCGACGAGCCUCAUAUCCACGAGCUUGGGGAUAUGGCGAAGGAGGCGGUAUUGCGAUCCAUAGGGCCGCCCAAGUUCCCGCAUGAAGGGUUUCCCUUCCAGCGUCUCCCAUCGGAGCUUCGCGAGAUGGUAUUACGGUACACCGACUUAGUCACGCCUUAUAAUACCGUUAAAUGGGUUUGCGGGAAAUACUACAUCAAGUUCCGCAUUUGUGACGCGACAUGCUACACACCAGAUGAGAAAUGUCAUCCCAACGAACAUAAGCACUGCGUUGGCAUCGACCACCGCCAGUGCGUCAAUCCGUGUCAACAUAGGGAGUGUGUCGAUUGUCCCCAUUAUGGUUGCCAGUUCGUAAUGGGCUGCCACGUUCGGAAGGUCCGUAGAAUCGGGGAUUUAUGCCAUUGCCCUACGGGUUCCUUCUGCAGUCGAUCGUACACCGCCUACUCGGUGGAUUGCCGUUGCUGGCGACCCCCCACGCCGUUGUUCCUGGUUAGCAAGGCGUUUUACGCCGAGGCACAGGCGGUCUUCUUCUCCACGAACCAAUUCAUUGUUUACGACAACCACAACCCUAUACGCAAACAUCUAGAAGCUACAUUUCUGGGUAACACGAUCUCCGACACCGCACUACGCAGCCUUCGGUCGCUACAUGUCAUUGUGCUCGCUAACGUGUAUGACAAGUGGAUGGAGGUGCUACGGCGCGUCGAUGGCAAGCUCACCAAUCUGCAGUACCUGUCCAUCCACUUCAACGGCAUCGACCUGCCAGACUGGUGUGGCCAUAAUUUCACCGAGGCAUUACAGGGACAGUCGGGAGAAACAGCAAUCCGCACCGCAAAGCAAUUGACGAGCACGUUAUGGCCGAUGAAAGACAUAGAUUCCCCCAGAAGUGUCAUCAGAUCCUUUUUCGUGGGUAUUUCACUGCUCUCAGGUACAUUUCAAUACUAUAAGCGACGUGAGGGUAUUUAUCUCUUCAGGCCUUGGGAUGACAAAGAACGUAGGUAUCCAAAAGCCAAUUUCGAACGUAAAGUCUGUGGCGACUCUGCAGGAGAUGUGGGGGAUAGCUCGUCUGCGUUGGAGUCAAGAGGCGACGUAUGGGUAGAAGGUGUCUUUGUAUUUAAAGAUCAGCUAAGUAAUCAUCUUGACUGUCUCCUCACUUUCGAGAUAAACACAGCUUUUACCGGAUGAAAAGUUGUUUAAUAAAAAUUAAUAAUAGCAACAAUACAUUGUUGACGAGUCCUUAUUUUACGAGACACGGCUUUUGGCCC